AUGCCUCUAAAUCAAUUUUGCUCUAUCCCUGGUUGCUUCUUUUGCAUCAUGAAGGAACAGGAUUCAUCUCUGAGGAGAAACGCAAUAUCAGAAUACUUGAAACACGUGGCUCUGAUAGAUGAUGAAGAACUUAUUCUGGUUGUUAGUGGGAUAUGGAACAUGGCGAUGACUCGACCAGAUGAUCAAGAACUUCCCUAUCUUGGUGUCUUUGAAUGCAUGGCAAAUCUUAUAAGAAAAUCUGUCGAUGAUAGAUCAUGGCUAUUCAGAAAUCAGAAUAUAUACAUUUCCUAUUAUGCAGCACACAUAAUUGGUUCGUAUACUAUGAACAAUGUGGAGUUCGCAAUAAAGGCCGUGGAAUCAGGUGUCAUACCAUCAUUAAUGGAGCUGCUGAGGGGGAAAAUCAGUUGGGUGGAGCAAAGGGUUGCUGUUCGAGCGCUUGGCCAUCUUGCAAGCUAUGAGAAGACCUUCAAAUCCGUAGCAAUAUACGAAAAAGAGGUGAUUGAAUUAUCCAUGAACUUGGCUUCUGCCUGUCUAGAAAUUGUUUAUACCAUGUUUGUGGGAGUUAAGGAUACUAACAAGAGACUAAAGUAUCAUUCUGACUUGCUGGCUAGAGGGGUAGGUGGAAUCGACAUGGAGAAUCAGAAGGCAGAAGAAUGGGCAAGCCAACUUCAAUGUUGGUGUAUACAUCUUCUGAACUGUUUUGCCACAAAAGAGAGAUCUUUGGAGAUUAUAUGUAAGCAAGAAUUUCUCGAGGAUUUAAGUGAAAUGUGGGGUGGUUUGGUUAAUCAUUCAUCACCUGCAGGAGUUGGAUUAAUUAGGAUUCUAUGUUAUACUAAAUUUGGAAGAAAAAGUAUUGCAGAAUCAAGACAUGUAAUUGUGAAUCUGUGUAAUCUCUCUAGAUCUUCAGAUGAUUGGCAAUACAUGGGAAUUGAUUGUCUUCUAUUACUUCUCAAAGAUCCAGGAACCAGGUACAAAAUCAUCGAAAUCUCCACCUCGUACCUUGUUGAUUUGGUUGAACUUAGGACGCUUGCAAUUAGACCAAAAUUUGGUGAAACAAUCACAAGAGUGCUUCUCAACGAUUUUAGACGUAAGAGUAAAAUCAUGAAUGCUGAUGUUCAAAGGGAAUUAGAAGAAAUAUGGAGUUUGAAGGUAGAAAGAAGUAAUAGAGAGAGAGCUACCUCUGAUGAGAAACUUGAGGAAAAAAGGGUUCUGGUAAAUCUACUAAAGCAAGAGGGAAAUCAUAGAUUUUUGGUGGGAGAGAUUGAUGAAGCAGUGUUGCAAUAUACAGAAGCUAUAGAGUUGUGCCCUUUAAGGUACACUAAUGAAAGAAUUGUGCUCUACAGCAACAGAGCACAGUGUAAUUUGCUGCUUAGAGAUCCUGAUGGUGCAAUCAGUGAUGCAACGAGAGCCCUUUGCCUUUCAAGCCCACCAAAUUCUCAUUCCAAAAGCCUAUGGAGAAGAUCACAGGCAUAUGACAUGAAAGGAAUGGCUAAAGAGAGCUUAAUGGACUGUAUUAUGUUCAUCAAUGGCUGUACAAAAUCUAAAAAGUCACCGAAUCAAGUAAAAAUCCCAUAUUACGCAGUACGUAUGAUCAGCAAGCAGAUGGACUCAACAUGGCUCUUUAAAGCUUCUCAGAUGAAGACAUCAAGCAGUCAUCCUGAAAUAGAAAGACCAAUGUGUGAUAAUCGUGAAAGUGGCGACAGAGAGAAUACGAAUGAAAAAAUUAUAAGAAUUCUGAAGCAAAAGAAAAGUUUCAAAUCAGGUCUGUCUACAAUCUUGGAAGAACCUUUGUUUGGAAAAGGUGGCAAUAGGAGGGGGAAUUAA